AUGUUUAGAGCCAUGAGCACAAGAAAAAUCCGCGGCGGCUACGAAAAGCUUGGUGAGGAAGAACCGAGACUGAAGAGGGUCACGAGCGUUCCUGCUAGUGUUUAUGGUAAUUCAAGAAGCCCGAUUGUAGACGUGAAGAAGCCGACGACACCGUCGUCGGCGAAAUCUAGCGGCGGUUCUGUUCAUCCUCUUUUCAGUUUCUUUGACGUUCGUUUUCAGAGGAAGAAGAAGAAGACUCCGAAGAAGAGUUCACCGACGGCGAAACCGGAGUUUGCUAGGUAUAUGGAGUAUGUGAAGGAAGGAGGUGUGUGGGAUCCGAAUUCUAACUCACCUGUGAUUCAUUACAGAUAG